AUGAGAAACGUAAUUUACCGUAUUCCAUGCGCUGAUUGUGAUAGUGCUUAUAUUGGUAUGACCACACAGCAGCUGAAAAAUCGGAUCGCCGGCCACCGCUCUCUCAUCAAACGCUAUGAAGAGUAUAAAACCUCAGACACGGAGCGCACGGACAGAGACGAGGAAUACAAAAAGACUGCGCUAAUGAAACAUGCGAUCGAGGAACAACACAAUUAUUUCACGUUCCGUGGGGCAUACCAUCGGCAACAGGAGGGAACUGCAAUGGGGAAUCUACUGUCUCCAGCAUUGGCUGAUCUUGUAAUGACCACAUUACUUGACGAUGUGCUUACCAAGAUCGACAUCACAGUUCCGUGCAUCAAAAAAUAUGUCGACGAUUUGUUCACCGCUCUUCCAGCAGACAAGAUUGAGUAUGUAAAGAAUGCUCUCAAUAGCUUCGACUCGCAUAUUCAAUUCACCUACGAGUCAAAAAAAGACAACCGAUUACCAUACUUAGAUAUGAUUCUAAUAAGAACCGGGGAACAAAAAAUUCUCACUGAUUGGUAUCAGAAAACUGUAUCGUCGGGCAGAAUUUUGAACUUUUUCUCACUCCACCCGCUGGUACAAAAAUUAAACACGGCCACCGGCUUCAUUGGAAGGGUAUUCCAGUUAUCCACGAGCAAAUCGACCGAUGAGAAAAAGGCAAUUGUACGCAAGCAAUUGCUUACUAACAACUAUCCGAACUCACUGAUCAACCGGCUGGUCAAUAGGUUUAUCAACCAAAGUGGACAAAAUUGUGAAGAAGUGAACUCGGAGGAAAAAGUAUAUCGAUCGUUGCAUCACGUUGAUGCCCUCACCCCUGCAUUGGCAAGAAGUAUUAAACAAAACUUCAAAAAUGUCACUCUAAGUUUCAAAUGCGUCAAAACCAACAGAUUACUAUUCACGAAACUCAAAGAUUCCUCACCGCAUCUUGCAAUGAGAAACGUAAUUUACCGUAUUCCAUGCGCUGAUUGUGAUAGUGCUUAUAUUGGUAUGACCACACAGCAGCUGAAAAAUCGGAUCGCCGGCCACCGCUCUCUCAUCAAACGCUAUGAAGAGUAUAAAACCUCAGACACGGAGCGCACGGACAGAGACGAGGAAUACAAAAAGACUGCGCUAAUGAAACAUGCGAUCGAGGAACAACACAAGUUUGAUUUAACCAGCACAAAAAUAUUAAGCGCCGACGACAGAAUUCAAGCGCUACAAGUGCUUGAAAUGUGCCAUAUUGCUUGUGACAGAAACACAAUCAACUACAGAACAGACACAAACAACCUGAGCAUAGCUUAUUCUGGUAUGUUGCGGUCUCUCACACAAUGA